AUGAACCAUCAGUACCAGCAGGACCCGCAAGACAAGCUUCCAAUGGACCCCAGCCUUCCCGGCAUCUGGAUGUCAAACGACACCAACAUGCUUCAAGGCCAUGCCGGCGCUGCAUCUCCUCCACCGCUCUUUUUGGAGGAUAUUCUCCGCGCCGAGGACCCCCACAACAUGCCAGUGAUGGGAAGCGGGUUUAUGGACGACCACGAGUUUCAGGACCAUGGCUUGGGCAUCCGCGCCAUGAAGAGGGCCAGGAGCGCGGAUAUCUCGUCAGUAGUGGACAUGCACAGCCAUUAUGAGGGCUCUCCAGCUCCAUCAGGUGCGCCGAGGGACAGGAAGAAGAGGCGCUUGACGGACCCCAGCGAGGCAAACUUCCAUUGCAACAAGUGUGGAAAAUACUUUUCAAGGAUAUGGAACUACAACGCGCACUUGGAGACCCACGACCCGGAUAGGCCAAGACCCCAUGUCUGCAGAGUUGAGGAGUGCAAGAAGGCAUUCGUAAGAAGGACGGACUUGACUAGACAUCAGGCUUGUGUCCACGCAAAGGAGAAGAAAUUCCGCUGCGAGCUCUGCAACAACAUGUUUGCCCGCAAGGACACUCUCAGAAGACACGAGGAUGAUGGCUGCCCAAAGAGAGUCGACAUCGCGUCCAGAGCAAACAAGAACAAGCCAAUCGUAUGGAACUCGCAAGCUCUCAGCUUCUACACCUCAAUGCAGCAACAGCAGCGGGAAGACGUCUUCUCCAACAUGGGCUACGACUCACAGUUGCGAACAGCUCACUACGACAACGGCAUGUCUUCACACCUCCCGCCGCUUUCUGAUAUCGUUCCUAUUCAGAAAGCUGCAACUACCAUGUGGUGA